AUGAGUAGUAGUAGUGCUAACAACACACCAGUCACAGUUAAACAGGAGCUUGACAAUGGUCAAAAUUUGAAUAAUAACCAACAACAACAUCAACAUCAACAUCAACACGACAAUGGAGCUACCACAACCACAGACGACAACUACUCCACCAACAAAUCAAACCCCAAAGACAAACCAAAGGCAUUUACCAUCAAGUACAAACGUCCUAGAGGUUCAAGAGCUUGUACUGUUUGUAGAUCAAGAAAAGUUCGUUGUGAUGCAGAAAUUCAUAUUCCUUGCACCAAUUGUAUAACAUUUGGAUGUGAUUGUGUAUUACCAGAAGUAAAGAAAAGAGGCAACAAAGCUGGUGAAUCAAAACCAAAGAAACAAAAGCUUGCACAGUCUGCUGCUGCUUCAACUGGUUCUUCGAACCAAGAAGAGCCAAAAACCAAAGCAAAGUCUAAAAAAGCUAAUGCUAAAGAGCCCACAUCGACGCAAACUCCAGGUAUCGCCACAUCAGCUGCUCAGGGACUUUCACUAGCCUCAGGAAAUACAUCUCAACUGACUGUAAUUAAACAAGAGGAAGCAAUCUCACCAACAUCUACACAUGCUACUCUACAGAAUGACCAACUCGAUAACCAUCAAGCUUCAACGAUUAAUCAUAUUUCAUCGGUACACCACACAAGCUUUUCCAAAACUAAAACAACAAAAGAACCAGUAUUGAACAUAUCACAGAUUAGUGUGCCACCUUCAUUAACAUCAACGUAUAAGAAUAGACCUUCAAUGCAUAAGAAGGAACUAUUAACUUCAAGGGGUAAACCAUCUUUAACUUAUGUUGGCUCGUCUUCGAUUGCAGUCUAUCCUCAUAAGUUAGGUGAAAAUCAUGUUCAAUUAGCAGAAGACGUCUUUGAUUUACCUGAUAGUAGUUUAGAUGCUGUUGAAAUGGAAAUUUUAAAAUUAAGAGGAGCUUUUCUCCUUCCAAGUAAAGAAUUGACGUUAGGUUUAAUUGAAUCCUAUUUUGAACAUGUUCACCCAUUGAUGCCAGUGUUGAAUCGUACAUUAUUUAUGCAGAAAUUUAAUGAUCCUAAUGAUAGUCCUAGUUUGAUGGUAUUACAUGCUGUAUUAUUAUGUGGAAGUAGGGUUUCCAAAAACCCUUUAAUUUUAGACUCAAAUGGGUCAACUAAUCUUGCCAGUAUAACGUUUUUCAAAAGAGCAAAAGCGUUGUAUGAAAUGAAUUAUGAAAGCGACCCAUUGUCAAUUAUUCAAACUUUGAUUUUGAUUGGAUCUUAUUGGGACGGGCCAGAAGAUGUCACCAAAAACUCAUUUUAUUGGACUAGAGUGGCUGGUGCUCUUGCACAAGGGUUUGGUUUCCAACGUGAUGUAACCAAAUUGUCUAGUUUAUCACUUCUGGAGAAAAGAUUAUGGAGACGAAUUUGGUGGUGUUUAUUCGAAAAAGAUCGUAAUGUUGCUAUUGCUUUUGGUAGACCAGUAACGAUUGAUUUGAACGAUUGCGAUGUUCCAAUGUUGACGAUGGAAGACUUUGAUGAAAAUGAUCCAGAAUUGGGUAUUGUUUCUCCCUACAAGGUAAAUGACACACAUGCAUUGUAUUUCAUUCAUUUAAUUAAGUUGGCAGAAAUUACAGGUAUAAUCAUUAAGCAUCAAUAUAGCAUUAGAUCGGAAUCAAUGAAGAGACGAAAUGCAUUUUCCAUUAUUGAACAUUGUGACAUGUUGAUGGGUAUAUGGUUUACAAACUUGCCACCUCAAUUGGUAUUUUCGUUGGGUGAUCCUUCAUCACAAAAUUUCUAUGCUUGUUUGCUCAAUGCGCAAUAUUAUAAUCGAUUAUUUUUGAUUCACCGUUCAAACUUAAUGCGAAUGGCAAAAUCCUCGUCAACAAAUCCAAACAAUUAUAAAUAUCCAAGUUGGGGUAUUAGUUUCCAAUCAGCACGAAUGAUUUCCAUUAUUUCGAAAAUUUUGAUGGAUAGAGAUCAAUUGAAAUAUGUACCGACAAUGUAUGUUUACAUUGCUUUCAGUGCAUUAAUCAUGUUGAUUUACCACAUUGAUUCAACAAAUACGGUCAUUGCAUCCACUGCUAGUGAAUCACUACUUGUUUCAAGAGCAGUUGUGCAAAAAUUAGGAGAGUAUUAUCCUGUGGUUACAGUCUUGAUCAAAUUAUUUGAUAAGUAUGCCAAUGAUAAGAUUAAACGUGCAAGUGUCAUUGAAAGUGGAAUGAUGAUUAAUGAAUUGAAUGAAAAGCGGGCUAAUGAAUCUGGGUCAAUGGAAUAUGGAAAUCAACAUCAGCUGCAACAACUGCGACAACGGCAACUGCAACUGCAACUGCAAUCACCACAACUGCAAGCACGUCAAUCCCAACAGCAACCGUUGCCCCCUCCGCCAAGCCAGCCUCUUCAACACCCAAAACCUAUUCAACAUCCACAAGUUCCAUUUCAACAGCAGCAACCGCAACAGCAAUCUCCUAUUGCGUCUAAAUUUUCUCCGGCUUCAGUUGCUUCGGGUGUAUCACUAGGCGAAACUGGAUACCAUGAUUACCAAACGCAACAGCUGCAAGCUCGGGCGCCUAUUUCCCAACAGCGUUCAUCAUUGAAUCCUCAACAGCAGCAGCAAAAUCGUAAUACAAAUGCGCCUCCCACCUCACAAACACCAGUUAUCGAACAAUUAAUCCAGCAGUAUAAAGUUCCUAUGAAGCAAGCAAAUGGUGCUGAUGGUAGUGAUAAGGCCGCAAGUGAGACGUCGCCUGAUUCAUCAACUCGCUCUUUUCCUGAUAUUAGUCUUGUUACUGAAAAUAUCCCAAAUAAGCAAAAUUUCUUUGAAAAUUUUGAUCCAACACAAUUGUUUCCUACAUUUAGUACUGCUCCGUCUGCAGUUCAUUCACCAAGUAAUGAUGAGGAUAUGGGUAGCAAUAUAUAUGAUUUAGGUGGAUCAAAAGAAGCUUCGAUUGAGCGUCAACAGCCACAACAACAACAACAACAAGAGCAAGGAGAAGGAAACAGCGCCAGUAAUGGUGAUAAUGCCACUGCAAGUGCUGGUGGUAGUGCUGAUAGUAGCAUGCCACCACCUUCCAGUUUAAGUGGUAACUUCACUGAUGGUGCCCAACAACAACAGCAACAGGCACAGCAACAACAACAGCAACAACAACAAGCACCACCACCUCAUCCUCCAACCCCUGGAUUUCAAACUAAUUUCAUGGAUUCUUCAUUUAUCAAUAUGAAUUUACAAUCAGGCUUUGAUCCAAAUGAUGAAAUUAAUGCCUUGUUUAAUUUCAUACCUUAG